CCGUGGCACGACCGGUGCCACCGGAGGAGGAGGAGGAGGACUUCCGAAUAGCCAUCUCCAGCAGUCGGUUCCACCACAGGCCAGCAACCCCUACGGCUCGAUACUGAUGUCAAAGGACCUUCAGCUGCAGCAGCAGCAGCAGCAGCAGCAGCAGCAGCACCAACAGCAGCAGCAACAUCAACAGUUGCACCAUCAGCAGCAGCAGCAGCAGCAGCUCCACCACCACCAUCACCAUCAGCAGCAGCAGCAGCAGCAGCAGCACCAGCAGUCGGGCUACAUUCAGCUGGCGACGCUCGAGGAGGAUGCAAGCAUGGGCCCGGUACCGGUGGCGGCACCGUCCGCCUGUCUCGUUGUCACGCAGCCACAGCAUGAGCAGAUACCGUCGGGUCUAUCCUGCCACGAGGACUACGAGCUGCAGCUGCAGCACCACUACGGUGGGGCACACCAAGCGACGGCAACCGACGGGAGCGAUCCGUCUGCCUCCGGCUACUGCAUGAACCUGGGCGGCCAUCAUCAGAUGCAUCAGCUUGGUGGUGGUGGUGGUGGUGGGACGACGGCUGAAACCGGUGAUACGGCCUUCCUGGAGCCGUACUACGAGCAGUUUUACGGUGGUUACGAUUCGCGCCAGGAUCCGCUCGGUCUGCGACCAUUCUCGGCCAGCUCGAACAGCUGCAGCAGCUCGGAGGGCGACGGUUCGCUCGGACCACCGGUUCACCAGCAUCCGCACCACCACUCGCAUCACCACCACCAUCAGCAACAACAGCAGCAGCAACAACCGCCCAGCUACGGUACUAUUGUCGGUGGGCGCUGCUCACAGCCGCUGCAGUCGUCGCUGCUGUCCGGCGACUACGGUGAGCUACUCGAAAGCGAUGGUGAUCACUUUAGCUCGCCCAAUGAUGCCCACCACCACCACCACCAUCAUCAUCAUCAUCAGCAGCAACAGCAGCAGCAGCAGCACCAGCAGCAACAGCAGCCACAACAACAUCAGCAACAUCUGCAUAGUCUGCAGCACAGCAAUGGCGGUUCUACGGUUCGAGGCGCCUACCUUUACGCCGAGACGGUCGGAACCGAUGGCCUUGAUGGUGGCCCUGCCACCGUCACCUGCACCGGUACUUCAUCCUCCUCCUCCUCUUCCUCCUCCUCCUCUGCUUCCUCUUCCUGUUCCUCUUCGCGCUUCGACACCUCGGUGCUGGGUCAGCAUCAGUUGCCCCGGUUGCUUCCUGGUACCGAACCGGAUCCGGCCGGAUCUUGCGGUGCCCUUGCACCGGGCGAUCCGGGACCACCGGGUGACGUUAAGGAGCGAACCGGUGGCCACCAGCUGGAUGCGGGUGAACGCGUGGAUGGUAAUCCUGGCGCCGAUGGCGCUGAUGGCGGGAUUGCUAAUGAGAGCAUCAUCAACAACAACAACAACAACGCGCAGCACUGCAAUGGUGGCCUGAAUCAUCCCCACAAUAACAACAAUAAUAAUAAUAAUAACAACAACAACAACAACAACAACAACCACGGUAAAAUUAGCAACAAUAUGAAUAACGGUGGCAAGGGCUACAUCCACGCCGAUGCUGGCAGCGCGGUGCAACAACAGCAGCAGCAGCAGCAGCAGCAGCACUUCGGGGCGACCACGGCCUACGGUCCACACUACACCAGCGUAAUCGUCGAGUCGUCCUCGUCCUCGGUUACCUCGGUCACGACGCCGCCCGCUGGCUCGCUCGGCCCGACGAGUGACUUUGUUCCUCGCUGUACGUAGACAUUCGGCCCGGAGCACUUCAAUCAACACAGCAGCAGCAGCAGUAGCAGCAGGACAAGCCCCCUCCCCACUAGCCGUUGUAGUGCUCUGGGUUUUAGGGUUUUCAUCGACAAGCAUUAUCGGCAUUCCGGCGAGUAAGGAGCAAGAAUGGAGCGAAGUUGGCCAAAAAAAAAAGAAAGAAAACAAGAAGAAAAAAAAAGCCCACAUACACACACACACACGGGCGCCGCGCCCGUCCACCCACAGGAUUAGCUGGACGAACCAAACUCGAGGGCGUAGUAUUAGGAAUUGGCAGCUUAUUGCCACCGAUUAGCAUAACAUUAGGUUAUUGUGUGGCGCCCUCGCCCAUACGCGUCUUGUGACACCGAAUCCGCUCGCGACACAAAUCGAACGAGCUCGUUAAUUAAUCGGAGACGGUUGGCGGCUGCGGUUGGAGUUGGAGACUGGAUUGCCGUUCGAGGUUUCAUUUAUUACAGUUCGAUGUUUUAUUGCGAAGAUAGGAGGGUCGGAAGCGUUCUCACGCCUUCCUACCCUAUCGCUCGCGCUAC